AUACAAAAGCUUAAUUGAGGUGACAAAAUAAAAUAUGGUAUCAAGUUGAGUGCCUGUCAACUGGUUUGACCAAUAAAAUAUAAUGAGUACUUAAAAGAAAGGAAGAAAGUAGGUGAGUAGAGUUCGGAUCGAAGACAUUUUCUCUCAAUCGAAAAAAAAUAAAAUCUGCAAUCUCACUCCUAAACUUUUCUUAUUUUCUCAACAGAUCCUUCAACUUUUCCUAAUUUCUGUUUUCCUCCUCCUUUUCCGAAAAGCCCUAGUUCCGUACUUCUUCGAUUUCCGACCGAUCUAGGGUUUCCAAUUUUCAAUUUGGGGGAAAAUUGAAGUGUUUACCUCAAUCAGAUCCUAGUUGUUGUGUUUUUUGUGGGUCGGGUUUUCGAGUUUUUUAGGGUUAGGGUUUAGUUUGUUCAACAGUUUUUGGUUAAAAUAAUUUUGAAUUACAUGUAUGGAUUCAGAUUUAAACGAUUUGAAUCCCAGAAAUAGCCUUCGUUGGGGCGAUAAUUACAAAGUUUAUACCCGCAAGCGCCGCCGCAAAACCCUAGAAAAUACUAACACUGAUGAUUUUCCGGCGAACACCGCCGCCGUCAGCUCAGCUGCAGCUGAACCGGAUGUUACAUGCAACGGCGGGAGGGAUACGAACGAGAAUGAUAAUGUGCCGGAGCCGUCCUUACAAAACCUAGAUGCUGAGAAAGCGGAAUCGCCGGAGCAACUGAUACAGGCGGCGGCGGAGGAAGAGGGAGGUGGUAGAGAUGUACCUGAAGCUAUUGGUGGCGGCAGCGGAGCUGGUGAAGUACCAGAAGGGAGCAGUGGAACCCUAGCCCCGACACAGAAUCAUAGAAAUGAGCGACGAAGUUACAAUCUUGAAGUGGAGAAUGGGUAUAUAAAGCCGGUAAUUUCGAGAAUUCGUGAUAGAAUUAGGAUUAAUUUAACUGGAGUGAAGUCGAGAGAUGAUAUUAGAGAGCUAAGUAUGAGUUUUAAGAGUGAGCUUGAUCAAGUUAGGAGCUUGGUAAACGAGCUCGAGGCUAAACAGAUUCAGCUUACAACGUGUAGGACGAGUAUAAAUGGCGGUAGUAUUAAUGCUGGUAGUAUUACUACUACUGUUCCUGGCGGUUCUAUUAGCUCGUAUAGUCAUCCGGGAUAUAUAGAUAAUGGUGUGAUCAAGAAUAGGUCUUUAGCGCGAAUGCAUUCUGGUGUGCGUUCAGCGGGGCAUAUUGGAUCAAGGCCAUUCCAGCAACCUAGUUUUCUGACUGUCGAAAACAGUAAUGGUUCUAAUGAAUUUAUGGAGAAGGAGAAGAGGAUCCCGAAGGCUAACCAGUAUUACAGGAAUUCCGAGUUCCUACUUGGUAAAGAUAGAUUGCCUCCUGAAAGCAAUAAAAGAUUUAAGCCUAAUGGCUCGGGGAGGCAUAGUGCUAAUUCAGAGAAUGGGUUUGCGUUUGUGUCUGGGUUUGAUAAGCAUAGACUUCAGGUGUUUAGGAAUUGUAGCAGCUUGCUUCAGAGGUUAAUGAAACACCAGCAUGGUUGGGUGUUUAAUGAGCCAGUGAACGCGGAAGCUCUCGGUUUGCAUGAUUAUCAUGACAUCAUUAAGCAUCCUAUGGAUUUGGGCACGAUUAAGACUAGGCUAUCUGAGAAUUGGUACAAGUUUCCAAGGGAAUUCGCAGAAGACGUAAGACUUGUCUUUCGUAAUGCCAUGACUUAUAACCCUAAAGGGCAAGAUGUUCAUGUUAUGGCCGAGCAUUUAUCAGGGAUUUUUGAAGAGAGAUGGGCAGUUAUAGAGGCCGAGUAUAAUUCAGAUUGGAGGCAGCAAACGUAUCCUGAUGGUAGUAUUCCCACCCCUACCUCAAGAAUGACCUCUUAUGCUCCUCCCUUUUUCCAUACCCCAGUGGCUUCUCAUUCUCUCGCUCCACAUGCUCAUCAACUGCAGACUUUGGCUAGAUCUGAGUCAAUGACUAGGCCGGUUGGUCGUCCCAAGAUGAAGACUUCUAGUACAGUUCAUGUUGCUAGGACUCCAGCUCCAAAGAAACCUAAGGCAAAAGAUCCCAAUAAGAGAGACAUGACGUAUGAGGAAAAGCAGAAACUUAGCACAAAUCUUCAGAAUUUACCUUCAGAAAAGCUUGAUGCAAUUGUUCAGAUAAUUAAGAAGAGGAAUUCAGCACUUAGUCAAGACAACGAUGAGAUUGAAGUAGAUAUAGAUAGUGUUGAUGCAGAAACACUCUGGGAGCUUGAUAGAUUUGUAACAAAUUUCAGAAAGAGUUUUAGCAAGUACAAGAGAAAAGCUGAACUUGCUCGAGCCAGGGAAGAAGCUGCUCAGACUGCUCGAAUUGUGAAUGCUACGUCAGUGGUUGCUGAUGCACCAAAACAGAAUGGAACUGGUGAAAAGGAUACAACUCCUGCUACGCUUACGGAAGGUGGAGAACCAUUGGAUAGUGCAAGUAGGUCUAGCAGCUCAAGCAGUUCCAGCAGUGAUUCAGGAUCGUCCUCUAGCGAUUCUGAUAGUGAUAGUUCUUCAGCAUCUGGAUCAGACGUUCACCUAAAACAUGAUAAGCUCUUGAUUUGACCUUGCAGGAAUUUUUGAUUAUCAGUGCAUUGGAGCCGGCGCAUGUUCAAACACUCGUCUGAAAGAUGUCUGGUGUCUCUUGCGUGACGGUUUCUUUCAAGAUAUAAAAGUACAGGAGGAAGUCCGAGGUCUGGUCCUUGCCUCAGUGGUUUUGGGAGCAGAUGAACUGUUGGAUCUCUCAUUCUUCUCGUCAUAAAACCUGUCACGCUGUACGCAGAAGGUGUUUAUGGUGGUAAUGUGAGAUUUUUAACACCUGUUUGGUGCCAAGAUUGCUCAACCUGUUUGAAUUAAAAACCACGUGCUGAAAAUCUCUCCAUUUUCAGUGCUUAUUGUCAACAAUUUGGCGGGAUCAUGCAAGGUCCUGCAGCUGUAACCUGAUUGUACAAAGAGCAUAAUAGGCUGAUGUGUAUUAUUUGUUGCUUUGGGAGUAUUUAUUGCAUUGUAAAAACACUAUCAGGAAAGAAAAUGGGAAGGACAGUAAGGGUGUA